AUGAGGGUUGGAGACUGUGUGGAUCCUCCUUUGAAGAAAUGCGAUGUAACUCAAACAUCUGUGGAUACAACUGAUGUUUUUGUAACUGGUCAAAAAUUUACUACAAGAGAAGAGGCGAUAAGUUGGAUUAAGGAGGUUGGAAUCAGGAAUAAAGUGACAGUUAUAAUAGCUUGUUCAAAUAUCAAAACAGGCAAGAGAGGAAGAAGAGAUAAAUUAGUAUUUGGUUGUGAUAGAGGUGGAAAAUACAAAAAAACAGAUAGCGAAACCCAAAGUGCUAGUAAGAGAUGUGGUUGUCCUUUCAAAAUUAGGUCAACGCCGUCGAAAGAUGGUUCUGGAUGGAAGAUCGAUGUAAAAUGCGGAGUACACAACCACGGCUUACCUGAUAGAUUUGAAGGUCAUGCUUUCGUAAGUCGACUAAAUACAGAUGAUAAGCAACAUAUUGUUGAUUUGACAAAACGCCAUGUUCCACCGAGACACAUAUUAUUGUCAUUGCAAGAGCGUGACCCGGAGAAUGUCACUCGGAUCACGCAAAUAUACAAACAUAAGAGUAAGAUACAAAAAGACAUAAGGGGUCCUAGAACAGAAAUGCAACAAUUGCUCAAGUUGGUUGAAGAAUCAGGUUAUGUUUACUGGAGUAGGAAAAAGGAUGAGUCAGAAGUUGUGAGAGAUAUUUUUUGGGCACAUCCAGAAUCAGUGAAGUUGUUGAGUAUGUUUCCUAUUGUAUUGAUUAUGGACUGCACAUACAAGACAAACAAGUACAGGCAACCGUUGUUUGAAAUAGUUGGUAUGACAUCAACUAAAUUAACAUUUGCUGUUGCAUUUGCCUAUAUGAAAUCUGAGCAGACAGAGACUUUUUGUUGGGUAUUGGAUAAGUUGAAACAGUUGUUUAUCAAGCAGGAUAAUUGUCCUCAAGUAAUCUUGACUGAUAGAGAUCUUGCUUUAAUGAAAGCCAUUGAAACAGUAUUUCCAAAGACAACUAAUUUGCUUUGCCGAUUUCACAUCAACAAAAACGUGAAAUCAAAGUGUAAGGAACAUGUUGUGGAUGAUAUGCGAGAAACAGUGGAGAAAAUGUGGUUUGAACUGAUAAAGGCUAGUGAUGAGAUGGAGUACCAUCAACGGUUGAAACAACUUGAGGAUGCAUGUGUUGACUACAAAGGUUUUAUUGAUUAUGUGAAUGACACAUGGUUGACACCGCACAUACAUCGAUUUGUCGAAGCAUGGAUCAAUCAAGUGUUACAUUUGGGCAACACCACAACAAAUAGGGUGGAGUCUGCGCAUUGGAAACUUAAGCAAAUGUUAGAGAAUAGCUUAGGUGAUUUAUGCAAAUGUUGGGAGGCUAUGAAUGACAAUAUCAAGAUACAAGUGGGCAACAUUAGAGCUUCAUUUCAGAAGAGUUUUUAUGAAGUUGAGCAUGCACAUACUAGUCCUUUUUAUUCAAAUUUGCGUGGUUCAGUAUCAAGAGCUGCAUUGAGGCAGAUAGCUGAAGAGUGGUUGAGGAUUGACAUGGUGGGUACCGAUUCGCAAAAGUGA